AUGUAUUGUUUAAAUUUUAAUUCAUUUUUCCUCUUUUCUUCAUUAUUUUUAUAUUUUCUAUCAACAUUUUAUUCACUAAUUAAAGCAACAAUACCUUGCCAAAAGAAAAGUUAUGGCCUUGAUUCUUUUGUUUGUGUUUGUUCAUCAAAAAUUUGUGAUUCUCCUCCUCCUUUAGGAGAAAUUAAGGAUGAUCAAUUAGUUUAUUAUUUAUCUGAUAAAUCUGAAUUUAGACUAGAACGUUUUUUAAUUGAGAAAGAAAAUGGGGAAGAAUUAAAAAUAAAAGAAAUUCAAAUAAAAAUAAAUUCUUCACAAAAAUUUCAAAAAAUAUUUGGAUUUGGGGGCGCUUUUACUGAUUCUGUUGGAAUUAAUUUAAAUCAGUUAAGUGUUGAUACUAGACAAAAACUUUUAGAGCAAUACUUUAGUGAAGAAAAUGGUAUUAAAUACAAUAUUGGACGUGUACCUAUAGCUAGUUGUGAUUUUUCUACACAUGAAUAUUCUUAUAUGGAUACUCCAAAUAAUUUUAGUUUGAAUGAAUUUAAACUUGCACCUGAAGAUUAUGAAUUGAAAAUUCCACAUAUUUUGUCUGCCAUUAAUUUAACUAAAGGAAAUUUAGAACUUUUAGCUUCGCCAUGGUCAGCCCCAGGUUGGAUGAAAACAAGUGGAAGAAUGAAAGGACCGGGGGAAUUAAAAGGCCCUUUUAAUGGUAUUUAUUAUAAAACAUAUGCACUUUACCUUAGAAGAUUUUUUGAAGAAUAUUCUACAAAAAACAUUAAUUUUUGGGGAAUGACUAUAGAAAAUGAGCCAACUGCCGGUAUUACUCCUUUCUAUGUUUGGCAAGCAAUGUAUUUUUCUGCCAAAAUGCAAAGAGAUUUUGCUUUAAAUUUAUUGUCUCCAACUUUAAAAGAAUCUAAUAUUACAAAUAAAUUAAAAAUAAUUGCACAUGAUGAUCAGAGAAGUGGAGUAUAUAAAACUGCUAAAAAAAUUUAUGAAGAUCCUCAAAAAUCUGCAGCAAUUGAUGGAUUAGGUACUCAUUGGUAUUCCCAUACAGAUUAUGGAGUACUCAGUCAAGCACACAAUAUUCAACCAGAUAAAUUUAUUUUGGCAACGGAAGCUUGUAAUGCCUAUUUACCAUGGGAACACAAACCUUUACUUGGUGCUUGGUUUAGAGGGCAAGCAUAUGGACAUGAUAUUUUGAAUAAUUUAAAAAAUUGGGUUAUUGGAUGGAUUGAUUGGAAUUUAUGUCUUGAUCUUCAAGGAGGCCCGAAUUGGGUUAGAAAUUUUGUUGAUGCACCUAUUAUAGUAAAUGCUUCUGCUGAUGAAUUUUAUAAACAACCAACAUUCUAUUUUUUGGCUCAUUUUAGUAAUUUUAUACCUCGAGAUUCAAUAGUAAUUUCUUCAACCCUUUCCACAACAAUUUGUGAAGAAAAAGUUAAAUUAAUAUCUUUAAAAUGUAUUUUUAAUUCAAUUGACAAUUUAUUUGGAAUUGAAAACGAAAUUGAACAUGUUGCUUUUAUUACUCCAAAUGGUAAUCGAGUUCUUGUAUUACUCAAUUCAAAUCAAGUAAAUUUAAAUGUUACUGUUAAAGAAGGUAAUCGAAGUUGGAAUAUUCCAAUGACUCCAUUUUCAAUAGUAACAGCUAUUUGGAAAGGAAAAAGCUUUUGA